UUUGCGAUCAAGCGCUCACUGUUUAUCAUUGACAGUAUACUGCUCUGCAUUGCGGUUCGUCUUCCAAGCUUCAAUACUCGUGAAAUUAAGCUGUCUGAAAGUGAAGCCGACCAGAACUCCAUAUUCAUAUCCACAAUGCCACCGAAUUUGAAAGGUUGA